AUGAACGGGAUCAGGACAUUGGUUUUGCAGGAUUUCUCUCAUAUUUUACCUUCUAAGGGUGUUCAGCUUCAUACGAAUGCACCCUCGCGUCGCUUCUGGAACCUCUUCGAGUUCUCCCUAAAAGAAGAUGCGACCUGUCGAGACUUCAAAAAAUGUCCCUCCUCGAAGGAAAUCGUCUCCUCCUCCUUGCUUUCCAACGAUUUCGAAAGCGUAUCAAAAAACCGUGCAAGCUUUUCAGCAGGUAGCUCCAUGACCCCUAACUUAAAUCCAAAGAUACACGUUUACCAAUUCGAUGAAAAGUCGGAUAACGUGAAGCGUUCAAGAAUACCAAGGCCCCUCAGUCAACCUGACAACCUGGUCUCCCUGUUGGAUGGAAAUCCCGUGCCCAGAACGAUGAAAUGGAAAUUGAAAGGUUAUAAAACCCUUCGCCAUGAACAAUCUAGUGAUUUUGGGUUCGUACCUGGUGGAAACUGCUACGAUCUGGAUAUUCUAUCGAGAAACGAACCAAAGGCAAAAAAGAAGGAUACUAUAAAUGAAAAUACCCUAUGUCUAACGACCAAAGCAAUUGAGAACAAACAGAAUGAUGUACGGGUUGAAAAGAAAGUGACACAACCAGAAUCUAACACUACCCUGAAUGCUGUUUCCAGUCAAACACCAACUAAGACCAUGCAAAGAUUGCUAGCAACUUCUAUACCCAAAAAGGAGGAUCAAUUUGUACCAAUUUCGAAAUUGAAACUGUUACAACCAUCGGUACAGUAUUCUUCUCAUCCACCCAAAAAGAUCUCCAAACCCCUGCCACCUGGAAUGGAAGCAAAGACAGACGAACACCUUAUGGAGGAUGCUAGAAAACCACCUCGUGUCGAUAAACCAGCCUCAGCUCCUUCUCAAGAAUCUUACCAGCAACAAGCUUCUGAAAGUCAUAAGUCUACUCCUCAGGAAUCAUUUUUGGCCCAUGGUGAAGUGCCUGAGAAUGCACAGUCUGAAUGGUCCUCCAUGGAGGAAUCUAAACCCACUAAAGUUGAUCAUGUAAAGGCUAAUGCGAAAGAGGGUGAUCAUUCUGAACAAAUAUCUUCAAGAAUGCCAGAAAAUGAAUUGAAAAAAGAGAUGAUACCUCAUACGAUGGAGACACCAAAACCAUCAGCGUCCACCUACUUUGCCCCACGUCCAUGGAAAUAUACUAAACUACCCAAGUCCAGUUUAUCAUCUAAGUUUGAUAGUAAGCCUACUUACGAGUCAAUCCUAGGUGCUCCACCAAAAAGUAGCUCCAUGAAGAUAACAAAUCCCUAUGAGAAGCAGCCUGUAACAACAUCGCCAUGUGCUGCAACACAGGCCAGACUGCAGGCAGCAGCAAAGCAAGCAGAAUUGCAGACUAUGUCUCAGAAUGAUUCUCAGAGUCAGGAGAUAGGUUCCUCUGGGCUCGGUGGGUCAUCCAUGGCAGGAGGUUCCGGUGGAGGUUCUCGGAAACCACCGUCUUCGUAUCAUCCCUUUCCUGCGAAGAGAUCUUCUUCGAACGCUUCCUGUUUGCAGAAGAAAGUACCUGAGAAUGCAUCUGGAAAUCCAGCUAACAAGAAUUCGACGUCCAAUAUCUCAACUUCUAGCGCUAAUAUGACGCCGAAGAAAUGUGGUGACCGUGAUGAAGGUGGCGCAGGUAAAAUGAUAUGCACGAAACCUCGUCAGAACAAAUGUGGCAAGCAAAGAAAAGAGAAGAAAGAGAAGAAGGUCUGCAAACGUUUCUGUUGUCCAGCGCUGCAGUUACCAAGUGGCUGUAAUUUUGAAAAUAAGUGCCCGAAGGAUAGCAAAGGGCACAGUAAGAAACCAAAGCGGACUAAAUCGCAAAAGACGGAUCCUACAUGCUUGCCAAUGGACAAGGAAGUAAAAAAAGAUGGAGGAAGGGAAAUUUGUACGAAACCGAGGAGGAGGAGGGAAUCCAAGAGGGAGAGAAGUUGUGAAAGGGAGAGAUCCUGUAGCGGAGAAAGGAGGAGACCAAGUUGCAAGCGAGAACGAAGUUGCAAGCGAGAACGAAGUUGCAAGCGAGAACGAAGUUGCAAGCGGGAACGAAGUAAAAAGCGAGAGCCAAGUUGCAAAAGGCAGCAAAGUUGCAAGCGAGAGCGAAGUUGUUCCCAAAACAGAAACAGAUCCUGUAAAAGGCAAGAAAGAAGAGAUUGCUCGCAGAAUAAAGAAAACGAGGGUCGCGAGAUCUGUACGAAACCAAGAAGAAGAAAUUCCUGCAAACGAGAAAGGUGCAGUGAUCAAAACUGUUCCAAAAGACCCGCGAAAUGCACCGGACGAAGGAACUAUACGUACUCAGCGUUCACAGGACGGCGGCUGUCUUCGCAGAAUAUAAAACGAUUCUCUUCCCUGCCAGCUUUUGCCUUUUCGUUAAUCAGCAUGAAAGGAAACGGUGAAUCGAAUCAGACGAUGUUUGAUCCAGCCAAGGGUCGAUUUUAUGGAAAGAAACCGCCCUCUUGCAAAUCUUCCAAAUCUGAAAGCAAAUGUGAUAAGCCAGCUUCCAGCGAUGACGUCAAGUGUAAAGCACCUAAGAAAACUGAAAGCAAGUGUAAACCAGCGAGGAAGACUGAAAGUAAGUGUAAAACAGCUCAGAGGAGUGAGAGCAUAUGUAAGCCAGUGAAAAAGACUGAGAGCAUAUGUAAGCCAGCGAAAAAGACUGAGAGCAAAUGUAAGCCAGUGAAAAAGACUGAGAGCAUAUGUAAGCCAGCGAAAAGGACUGAGAGCAAAUGUAAGCCAGUGAAAAAGACUGAGAGCAAAUGUAAACCAGCGAAAAAGACUGAGAGCAAAUGUAAGCCACCGAAAAGGACUGAGAGCAAAUGUAAGAUAGCGAAAAAGACUGACGAUGAUAGCAUAUGUAAGCGAGCGAAAAAGACUGAGAGCAAAUGUAAGAUAGUGAAAAAGACUGACGAUGAUAGCAUAUGUAAGCGAGCGAAAAAGACUGAGAGCAAAUGUAAGAUAGCGAAAAAGGCUGACGAUGAUAGCAUAUGUAAGCGAACGAAGAAAACUAAAAGCAAAUGUAUAAUAACCCCGAAGAAGCAGCAGGAUUCUCGCAAAACUUCCAGCAAAUCUGACGACUAUUGUGCUAAGCAGAGAGAGAAAAUUUGCAAAGAAAGGAAAAGUGCUGCCUCCCAGGAUGAGUCUAUGGAGGACCGGAUAGAACGAGAAAAGAAAGAGAUGGAAGAGUGCAAGAAGUACAUCAAAAGCAACAAAAAGGACAAGGAUAAGAAGAAGGAGGCAAAGGUGCCCAAAGGUUUGGAACGCGUCGUGAGUCCAUGUAAACAGAGACAAACGAAGAAGGGUGAAAAGGAUCCAUCGAAGAAAAUGUCCUGCAUCGGCGUACCGUUCAAUUGUUUGAUCAGCAACACCAUGGGAAACGUUGUUUCGAUGCCGGAGCAUAAACCAUUCGGUAUUUUACCGGAGAGAAACUACUCUAUGAUGAGAAGUAGCUUCGAGGAUAUUCAGUUAGAAAAAUCAGAAUCUCCCGGAGAGAGAAAAUUUUGGACCUACCACGAUGACGAUGAUAUUGCAACGGAACCGAUACCAGUAGAAAAUGAGAAUCAGGAAGAUCGUUUUAAUGAAGGGAAUUCUCCCAAAUCCAGCUGGUUCCUCUCCUGGUUCAACAAUGAUCAUUCUUAGAACAAAAAGCACACAAUUAUUUGAAUGAUUCUGAUUAGAGUUUUGAAAUUCUGCAAAAUAAAUGUUAUUGCGUGUGAGUAGAAUUAAUUCUGUUGAA